UGGAAAGCCCUAGUGAUUAGGGUUUGUUCCUGAUGCCGGCGAAGAGAAAGCGGCAGCGGGAUGGCCCGGCGCCAGUGCCGCUGCUUCCGCCAGAGAUUCACGACGACGACAUUGAGAUUUCUGACGAAGAUGUGGAGUUUGUGACCAAGAACAAAGGCUAUGCCGGGUUCCUGAGUGGAUUGGACACCAAAGGCAUCACGAAGCAAGUGCUGGGAUUAAAGCCGGAUUGGAAUGGAGACAACCUCGAGAGAUUCUACGAGAAGAAGGCAAAAGUUGCGGCAAACAAGGAUUUUGACAAUGCACUCACUGUUGAUCCUGUGGAUGCCUUGCCGAUCAAAAACCCGGAUGGGACGCUUGAGUAUCGCAGGGUCGAGAAAGCAAAAGCAGUGCCUAGUCCGGAGAAGAAGCAAGAUGCAGACGAGAAAGAACAGCCGACCAAAACGAAACAAAAGGGUCAAGACAAGAGUAUCAAAGCAAAGAAAGAGUCAAAACCCAGAGCGAAGGGGGCAGAGGUCGAACCUGAUGUAAAGAAGCCGGCCCUGCAACCAGAAGUUCUGGAGGAGCUGCAGGAGUUCGUUUCCGUCGAAGAGAAACGCGGCCAUAUGAAGGAAAAAAUAGCUAACCUUUCGACUGAGCUACUUUCGUGUCCCGAAGAUUCAACUGGAUCUUUGAAGGAGCUAAUAAGCAUUUGCUCGGACAAGGACGACACUGUCAAGCACUUCGCGAUGCUGUCGCUCAUGGCAAUCUUUCGCGACAUUCUUCCCGGUUAUCGCAUAAGACCGCCUACGGAGAAGGAGCUCGAGAUGAAAGUGUCCAAGGAGGUCAAGCAAACAAGGGACUAUGAAGCUACUCUACUCAAAUGUUACCAGGGGUACGUUCAAACACUCAUAAGAGGGAGCUAUACAGCGUCUGGUCGACAUAUAGCUUUGAAAUGCAUGUGUGGCCUUCUUGAAGCGGUUCCACAUUUCAACUUUGGAGAUAAUUUACUUCGAGCUGUCGUCCCAUUUUUGGAUGCAAGUGAUCCUGCUGAGAGGACUUUGGCAUCCCUAGCAUUGUGUUCUCUGUUUAAGAACGAGAGAAAACAUGGCGGGGAAGCCACUGUGGAGGCUGUCCAGCUAAUUGCUGACUAUGUGAAAGAAAGCGAUUGCAAUGUUCAGCCCGACGUUUUACAGGUUUUUCUGGCGCUAACUUUUGACGAAAACAUUGUUAAUAAGAAUGAGAAGGCCCUACACAAGCCUAAAUCAAAGUUCAAGCGCGAGGACAAAAAAGAGAAAAGAAAUACUUCGGCUGAUGAUAUUCGCAAAGAGGUGGAAGACGACUUUCGAGAAGCUUCAACAUUGCCAGAUGCCAAAGAACGAAGAAAGUUGCAAACUGCUACUUUGUCUGCGGUUUUCGAGACGUACUUUCGAGUCUUGAAGGCAGCUGUGGCACCUAGUACUGCCACAGACAGCUCCAGUUCACUAUGCAGCCAUCCGCUGCUGGGAACUUGCCUUCAGGGCCUGCUGAAGUUCUCGCAUCUCAUAAGCGUCGACUUCCUUGGAGAUUUGCUUGCGGUUCUUCGGAAGCUGGCCGAAGGAAAAUCAAGUGUGGAAGAGAGGCUCCAGUGCUGUGUUGCUGCCUUCAGAAUCAUGAAAGCGAAUUUGGACGCUCUUACCGUGGAUUUGAAGGAGUUUUAUGUUCACUUCUACGACGUUCUUCUCCACCUGUAUCCUGACAGGAAUCUAGACAGUGAAAACAGUUUUGCUGAGGCUUUACAAGUUAUUCUUUGUGAGAGUCGGCACCACGAUUUGCAGAGAGUGGCUGCCUUUGUUAAAAGGCUUGCGGCUGUUUCCUUCCAUUUUGGAUCCAGCACCGCCAUGGCUGCAUUGGUAACUAUCAGGCAUCUGCUUCUUCGCUACAAGAAAUGCCGUAAUCUUCUGGAAAACGACGGUGGUGGUGGAAAUGCCAUGGUUUUCCACCUGACCGAGCCUGAUCCCGAUCUAAGUGGAGCCCUGUCGUCCGUCCUGUGGGAGCUCGCGCUGCUUCAAAGCCACUACAAUCCGGAAGUCGCCAAGCUAUCCCAACAGAUUGCCGGCACUCUAGCAUCCGAGAACUUCUCCGUGGUCAUGUCACCCAAGGACGCCACGGCCGCGUACUCGAUACAACAAGGCGGCUUUCGCCCGGCCGUGAAGCUCCCGCCCUCCAAGCUCGUGAAGAAGAGCUCAUACAAAUCGCGGCAAGCUCCAAGUUCGCUCCCGGAUGCUGUAGAGGACAGCGAGAACGCUGUGGACUUUAGAGACUACUUUCGAUUGCUGCGGGACAUAACCGAGAACCAAGCGCUCAGGAAAGAGCUCGUCAAGAGCAAGACGAUGGUGGAAAUGUAUGCGCGAUAUAAGAGUGAGAAACGCAUCGCAGCAGCCGGGAAGAAAUCGAAGACGAAGGGGCCAAGGAAGAUCAACAAGAAGAUCAAAGCUUAGAACGAGGGAAGAUCGAUUUUUUCGAGUAAAAUAAGAAGUGAAUCAAAGUUUAGUA